AUGUCUCAACCUUAUCUUGCAUUGCCCUACCGAUCGGAAGAGAGAAAAAAGUCUUAUACGACAUUGUCACUUAUAUGUGACGAUGAACCUUUGUCAGAUGCACAACUAAAAGCCUAUCAAACGCGCCUGCAAGAAUAUCGUACAUUUUUGGAUGCAGUCAGUCGUUUAGCACUUUGUGGUAAUGUUUGUGUAACAGAAGAAGCUGUUACAAUUGGUGAACAUGGUUUACUGACUGGUGAAUCGUUGAAUGCACUUCAGCAUGCUGGUGCAAUAUCUGUGUAUAAUACCCUACAACAAAACAAUUGGGAAUUCCCUAUUUCUGAAGAGGGUGAAGUAGCUAUCGUUAAAGCUCAUGUACCUAUACCAGAUGAAUUUUUAGACUCAGAGAAACCCAUUCGUUCUGAUUGGCCAGCAGUUCAUAUUUCAGAGUGUUUUGUUGAAGGUGAACGUGCAAAAUUGCAUGGUUCUGUUCGUCCAUUGCGUACUUUUCUACCACCAACUAUUGUUUUUCGAAAUGCUGCUGAUGUCGACGAGGAUGUAGCCGAACCGGAAGUCAAUAUCAUUAAUUCUGGUCCAGAAGGAAGUAUUGAAAUCGUCCAGUCAUCUCAUGGACUAUCAGUUAAGAAAGCGGGUAAAGAUGGUAAAGGAGUUGAAUACAUUCCACUCGAUAAGUACUACUUUGGACGUCAAAGCGGCAACACUGAUUAUGUUGAAGAGAAAAGUGAUUUUCGAUUCAAGUGUGCUGUGUGUCAAAGAAUAUUCUAUUCAAAUACAAAGUUAAUGUCACACAUACUUGGACAUGUUGAUGAAGAAUCACAAGAGUGUUUAGACACAGCUGAUACAACACAAUGCUCAGUUUGUCAGCAGACAUUUUCGUGUGCAUUUGAUUUAAGAGAUCAUAUUGAAAAGGAGCAUAUUGUGCCGAACAGUGAUCCAAAUUCAACUGGUAAUGAAUCCCAGUUGACUGCCAGUAGUGGGCAGGUAGCUUCUCAGUUAGUAGUAGCACAACGUGGCGGAGAUAAUCCUGAUGAUCCUUCUGGUGCAAGUGCUGGCGGUGAUGGUGUUGGUGGUAAUGUUGAUAGCAGCAACAAUAGUGGUACUAUGAUAUUAGCACCAAAUCUAAACGGUAUUACUAAUACACCAAGUUGUCGUAUUUGUGGUAAAGCAGUUGUCAAUGAAAUCCUCUUGGCCCAUCAUCUCCAGUCAACUCAUCGUCAGUGUGAAAUGCCGUAUGUUUGUCGUUUAUGCCUAUUUCGGUCAUCAAUGUAUGAAGAUAUAUUGGAUCAUUUUAAAAAGGUUCACGAUGGUUCUAAUCAUCUAUUAUGUACUUAUUGUCUACGCAUAUUCACACCAUCUGACGCACGUUCAAAUGUUCAAUCAAUGUCAUCCUCAGGUGGUGUUAAUUCGAUUGCAUUAGGCUUAGGUAUUGGACAAACACAAGUUUACCUGCAACAUUUACGUAUGCAUCAAAUAAAACAUCAACUUCGUCGUUGUCCAACAUGUCGAUUGAAUUUUACUAAUAAAUCAGACUAUCAAGUACAUCGUCGAUUAGAUCAUAAGGCAACUAGAGGUCCAGGUAUUGAAAAACAAGAACUUCGUCAAGAUUCAUAUGAGUCGGAAUCAUAUCGUAUGUCGUUGAGUAACAACAAUACUACUGCUGCUGGUCAAGGCAUUGAACGUGGUGGAGAUAAUACUACUACUACUAAUAAUAAUAAUAGCAUAACCAUUGGAUCUGUUCGUAUCUUUCGACAACAAGUCACAUCGAUGAAUGCUCCAGAGGCUGGAUGUGCAAAAAGUCUAGCUGUAAACUUUUAUCCUAAAGAUAUUGAUAAGCUAGAAUGCUUAGAAUGCGGUAAAUGUAUGAGUGAUACAGAACAUGCACAAUAUUUACCGUGUUCAUUGUGUCGAUUUGCCACAUGCUGUAGAGCAGGUUUUCAACGACACUAUGAAAAACUUCAUAUCUAUGCAAAUCCAUCACAAUCACAAGAUAUUGACUCUGGUGUGCCAAUGAUACGCCAAGUGUAUUUCGAUUGGAGUGCUCCUCCUCCUCCUCCCUCUAGUACUGCCGCUGUUACGACUGCUGAAAGCAACGAAACUUCUCAUUAUCAUCAUAAUCAUCACCAUGAAGAGAAUAAUAAUAGUGUUGUCACAACCGAGCAAACACCAUCCAUUGUUAUAUCUAACGGUCAAGAGUUUUUAGUUAUUAAUGAGAUAACAGAUUUGACACCGAAUAAUAGUGAUAAUACUGAUAGUAAUGGUAAUAAUAAUAAUAUAUCUGAUAUACAUACAGAUAUUACCAAUAAUAAUAAUGAUAAUAAUAAUAAUAAUGAAAUGAAUACUACGGCCAUGUUAACAACAACAAAUAGCAGUGAACAAAGUCGUAAUGACGCAAUGAUUGAUUAUAUGCAAAAUCAAAUUAACUCACGCCUAUUCUAUUGUUCACAUUGUGGAGCUAAUCAGUUGGACGGUAAUAGUCUUGCAAGACAUCUUGUUGAAGAAUGCGGUACACUGACGGCUACCUUGAAUCCAGAUCCAUAUUUAUUGAUUUCACGAACACAAACAUCGAAUGAAACUGAACAACCGUGUGAAGGAGAAGAACAACAGCAACAACAACAUCCACACGAAGAAGAGGCACAGCAACAAAUACAACAACAACAGCACCAGCAGGAAUUAGCUCAAAAUGAAAAUAAUGUUGUAUUCGAUACAACCAAUCAGAAUUUAGUUGUAAUCAGAGAUCCCUCUCUAUUAUCUACGACUGGCGGUGCAGCAGCUGCUGCUUCUGGUGUUACUGAUGAAUCAACAGAACACGAUGGUGAUAAUCAGACAGCAGCACUAUUAACCGGUGCACAAAUUAUGACUACACAAAUGACUACAAACGGUACAACAACUAUUGAUGUUACUGACGCUGGCGGAGAGGUGGUACAGCAAUUUGUUCUACCUGAUGAUCUUCAACUUGAAGAAGGUCAAACACUGAUAAUGAUUCAAGAUGAAAAUGGUCAGCCUCAAUUGGCAAUAGUCAAUCAAGCCGAUUUAAUCAAUGCUAAUGGCUCAGAAAUAUUAAUGCAAACUGAUGAGGAUCAAGCUAACAAUAUUAUCAUAUAUACAAAUGGAUUAGAGGGACAAGCACAACUUUCCGAAUCUGUACAACUCGUAAGAACUGGCGAAGAGGAGAAAGAGAAUCAACAACAAUUUAUUGUCUAG